AACGUGUAUAACUUUGCCCAAAAUACAAAUGGCUACUUCUAGCUAUUCCAGCUAGCCAAUUGAACAACUAGCUCAGCACGGCCAAUCGCAUCUCUGCUCUCUGUAGUCCAAUAGUGUGUGGGUUUACUGAUGGUUGGUGUUCGAUGCGAUGAAUCGUGUUUGCUGUUCGUGUUGGUGUAGCUCGGUGCAGCAUGGAGAAAGAUCUUGUUCGGCAGAGUCUGAGCCAGCAUGGCCCUUCCCUUCUGUCACUACUGAAGAGCGAGCAGCAUGAGCAUGCGGGGUUUAAGCAACUGCUGGGGGACCUCUCCAAGUGGCCCCAGUACAGAAAGGAACGGAAUGCUGAAAACCCUGAGUUACAGCAAUUUAUUGCCAGGAAGGCUGACCUCCUUUUUGCCACUUCAUGGAAAUCGAAUUCACAGGAGAAAUCAGAAAUGCAGGAGGUGGCACAAGGUAGUUAUGCUGUAAUGCCACCCUUGGAACAAUUUAUGGAGGUUCCCAGUGCCCAGAAAAGAGAACUGUUUUUUCGAGAUGCUGAGCGUGGUGAUAUUGUCAUUGGAAGAAUUACAUGUAUCCGUGAAUUUGGAUUUUUCUUGGAGCUAUUGUGCAUGGGCAGUGGAAUUCUAAGAGAUAUAAAAGAUCUAAAGAUAAAUGCAUUAUGUCCUGUAAGAGAUGUGCCUUCGCAAAGUAGCCAUGGAGAUCCUUUGUCAUAUUAUCAGACUGGGGACUUGAUCCAAGCUGCUGUAAAGGACAUUGAUCGCUUUCAUGAAAAACUCACCCUAUCUUUGCACAAGUCUGCACUUCCAACUCAUCAGUCUUUCAUUAAGCUGGGUGUAAUAAGCACUGAUGAUAUGCCUGAAUAUUAUAGGCAAAGUCUUGUUCUCUCUGACAAUUUGAACACCUUUGAAAAGAUUUUGCGGCAGUCAUUGGCAUUUUCUAACCCAUCAUCUGUUGAUAUUCUAUUGAGUAAACUUGGAAUUGAUGAAUCCAAUCCGCCAUCCUUAAUAAGAGGCCUACAGAGAGAAAACUUUCGUGAUCAAGACUAUGCUCCUUUCUUAAGGAAGAAACAGUCCUCUUCAUGGGCCUUAAAGUGUGUAAAGCAUGGUGUGGAUUAUUUUAAAGUGGGCCGUCAUGUUGAUGCCAUGAAUGAAUAUAACAAAGCUUUGGAAAUAGAUGACAAAAAUGUUGAAGCUUUGGUAGCACGAGGGGCACUAUAUGCUACAAAAGGAAGCCUUAACAAAGCUAUUAAUGAUUUUGAGAUUGCCUUGGAAAACUGUCCAAACCAUCGCAAUGCAAGAAAGUACCUUUGUCAAACCCUUGUGGAAAGAGGUGGCCAGCUGGAAGAGGAAGACAAACUGCUGAAUGCAGAAAGUUAUUACAGCAAAGUUUUAACAUUAGACGAGACCUUUACAGAAGCUGAAGAGGCAUUGAGCAAAUUGCGCCAGAGAAUGCAGAAAUCUCUGGAAAAAAGAGAGGAACAAGAUGAGAAGGAAGAAAAGGUCAAGGAAAAGAAAAUAGAAACCAGUGCAGAAAAGUUGCGUAAACUUCUAAAAGAAGAAAAAAGGAAGAAGAAACACAAACAAGGAUCUUCAUCUUCCUCAUCAAGUGGUUCUUCUUCAGAUACUUCAUCUUCCGACAGUCAUAAGAAACAAAAAAAGAAAAAGAGAAGGCGAAAGCUUUCAGAGUCAUCGAGCCGGUCCAAGAAAUCUCUUUCAAAUGAUCCAUCGCAUCACAAAGAAGAGUGUUACUCUCCUCCAGCCAACACCUCGGCCUCAUUUCUAAAUCACAAGUCAGAAGUGCCAAAAAUGCUGAAAGAGCACGACAGACUGGGCCAUCGCAGGGCAUCUGCAGCAAGGGAUCGCUCUCUUUCCUCAUCUUCCUUUGAAAUCAUGGAACGUAUCAGAGGUAGGUCUGAAGAUUCCAUUGAUUCACUCAGUAGUACAAAGACUCAAGCAAGUAGUAGUAGAACGUGCAGUGAGGCUUCAGCUGGUAAAUAUAAAUCCAGCAGAAGGGACUCCACAGACUUGUAUAAAACAGAAGAGAGGCAUAGGAAUAGCAGUUUGGAUCACCUUGAAGAAGGACGGAAAUCAAGUAGAAAAUCAGACCUAAACUUGAGUAAGCAUGUUUCUGCAGACUCCAAAGAAAGAAGGUCCAGUGGAAAUACAAGUGGACUGUAUAAAACCCAUUCUCAAGGUAACACAAGCAGAGCUUGCACAGAUGAGCAAAGAAUAGUGGAAUCUGACAAAGCUCAGAAUGGUAGUGCAGCUGCCACUAAGUGUAUGUCUGGAGACCUAUUGAACAUUCUCACCCAGAUUGCAGAUUUUGAAAAGGAGAAAGGAACAAAGCUAAAAAACAAAUAGAAAAAUAUCCUUGUGCAACUCCUGUCAUCAUGUUCUUUAAUGCUUUAUGUCUACUAUCAAAGUUGCCAAUCUUUCAUAUGCAAGUCUAGCUAAAUCUGAUUUAUGUGCGUUCCUGUAUUUCAGGACAGUUACUUGUGAGAGCUGUAUUCUCAGUGCCUGCACAGUAAGUCCUGUUUGAGAGAAUAGGGUAUAGAUAGCAAUUACCUAGUAUGUUUUGGCUUAGGGCUCUUUUAUAAUUGCUUUCACAAAGCUAGCUGCCCAAAGACUGUUAUUAAAUGUUUUAAAUUUGUUUUUGGACCAAAUACCAGAUCUCCUUCACUUGCUGUAAAGAAACAAAAAAAAUGCUGCUGUAACAAUGACUUGCUCUCAUACAUAUCAGUAAAACAUGAGAAACAAUGUGUUAGGAUAUGGCCUUGGAUUUUAAUAAAGGAAUAUCCUCAGCAGACUGGA